AUGACCGAUUCACUCCCCUACGACUACACAAGUUGGCAAUUCCUCGAUGCCGUCGGACAAGCAUCGCCUCUGCAACAGGAACUGCAGAGCGAGGAAGCCAUGAGCCUUGCCUUUGAGUUGUCUGCUCAUGGUUGCGGCGAGAGCGACUUUGCGUUGCUGAGCUCGGAUAAUUGGCUGCCUUACGGGCAAACUUCGGCAAAGGCAGCAACCGCAGCAGCGACAGGGUUUAUGCACGCGCAACCACAUUCACCGCCAGUUGAGAUGGGAGUGGGAAUGGGAAUGGACAUGGAGAUGGACAUGGAGAUGAAGAUGUUUGCUCAGGGCAUGGAAUUCAUUUCAGUACCUCCCUUCCCCGAUCUCACCCUCGGCCACGGGAAAAAGACCCCCGACGAGCUAUCCCUCCUCCGCUCCACAUCCCUCGACGCAACACAACGAGCGUUGUUUAUGACUCCAUCCGGCAUCACAUCCCCUUCUUCCUCGUCAUUUUCAUCCUCGAACCGGAACUCUUCAUCUCCAUCGCUAGACCCCUGCACCCCCAGCACAACAAGUUCCACCAGCAAGGAAGACGAAGACUGCGACUGGGACUGCGACCGCGAGCUCGAUCCCUCACUCGGCAUGGGCCCGGGCAUGCAUUUCUACAAAUUGCCCGAUAGGCUCGACUCUUGCCCCCGCCCGCCCCGCAACGUCCAUCCUCCUCAUCAUCAUCUUCUGUCUCACCCCCGGGUAAAUCAGCGCACCAGCGCCGAAGACGAGGAAGAUGCACUGACCCCCCUCGAAAUGCCCGACGGCAGUACCCGCUUCACGGCGAAUUGGCUGCCUGUUGAUCCGACGGGUGGGUUUACCAUUGAUUCACCUUCUGUGCCUGCUUCUGCAUCUGCGUUGGAAUCCGGAUAUGGACAUGGCUAUGGAUACGGCCAGCAAGAUCACUACGGCUAUGGCUAUGCAGAUGGCGACCUCUCGAUGGAAUUCAGCAAGGAGGCGUUUAUCCAGAUGCCUGCGCCGGCGCCGGUGUGA